AUGUUUCAAGCAUGGAAAAAUGAUCGAUUGCGAAGGCUUUCGAAGGAGCGAAAACAGCGCAUACAAAACAAAGAAAAUGAUGAAUUAAAAAAGAAACGCGAAACGGAAAUAAGAAAUAAUGAGGCUCAAAAGGCAUUCAAUGCAUGGUAUAAAGAAAACAAAAUUCGAAAUUUGGAAACGCAACGCAAGCUUCUGAAAUCCAGGAAGACGGAGGAAAUGCAGAGUAGGAAUACAAAGGAAUAUAAAGAAGCACUAGCAAAAGAAGCUUAUGAUGUUUGGUUUCAAAUAAAGGAAAGUGAACGCCAUUUUAACGAAUCGUUACAAGGUCGAAUCAUGAAAUUUGAUGAAAUGACCCGUCGAUCACAUUUAGUUCCAUGGAUUCCACCAGGUAAUAUUAUUCCACGACAUUUCAUUCCAACACGUACUGGAAGGCAUCAGUCCGUCAAACGACCUGUCAAAUCUAACCAGGCUUACAAAAAGUCGCCAUCAGCGAUUCAUCGCUCCAAGUCAGCGCUUAGAUAA